UUAACCUUCAAGAUUACUGAGGGAAUAGGAGAAAAUGUUACAAUUUCAACAAAUUUAGGGAAAAUAACUGGGAAAAAAUUCACCGUGCUCAACAAAACUGUCGAAGUUCUGCGAUUUUUAAGCAUUCCCUAUGCCGUCCACCAGUGGGAGAACUCCGCUUUGCCAAGCCGCAACCAUUUGGCAAAUGGACUGGGACCCUUGAUGCAACCAUGUUUGGUCCUGCGUGUAUACAACCAGAACAGAAAGGCUUCCGUUAUCACGGUUUUUCUGAGGAUUGUCUCCAGCUCAACAUAUAUUCACCAAAACGCAAGACUUUAAACGGUAACCUUCCAGUUAUGGUGUGGAUUCAUGGUGGUGGCUAUGUGACCGGUUCCGCUACAUUGUAUGAUGGGCUUUUUCUGGCCGCUAAAGGUGGAGUGGUAGUUGUUACCAUCAAUUAUCGACUAAAUUUGUUUGGAUUUUUCACAUUCAAUAAUAACAUUGCCAAAGGAAAUUAUGGACUUUGGGAUCAAAUUCUUGCACUUAAAUGGGUGAAAACUAACAUAGCUGACUAUGGUGGAAAUCCAAGUCAAGUAACAAUUUUUGGAGAGUCUGCAGGUGGAUUCAGUGUUGGUCUUCAAAGUUUAAUUCCACAAAACAAGGGACUUUUUCAAAGAGUUAUAGCCGAGAGUGGGGUUGCUAAUUCUUUUCUUUCUGUUGGAAAAACUAAUCUUACGUCUAUUUUAGUGGCCGGUGAUGCUGGCUGCAGACUCGAUCCGCUAUUGCGAAACUUUCAAGCAGUUUUAAAAUGUUUAAGAUCUAAAACACCGAAUGAUCUACUACAAGCUGAGAAUACCUUUGCAAAGGGCAUGUCAACAUCAAUUCAUUUAGGCAUUAAAUACGCCCCUGUCGUUGACGGUGAACUCUUCUCAGAGUCACCUGCUGACAUUCUUAGAAACAAAAACUCGUCUGCCUUUACUUUUUUCUCAUCUUUGGAUAUAAUGGUUGGGAAUUGUAACAUGGAGGGUUCGUUACUUCUGUUAACCAACGCAGCUGUUGAAGAAAAGUAUCAUUUAAAUAUCAGCACAGGCUUUCCAAACACAUUCUUCUGUAAAAGUCUCAUUCCUACGUUAUCUGCAGACUUUUUUCAAAGCAGUUCCAAAGUAUCUGAAGCAAUCUGCCAAGAAUACGGCGUCUUAAAUAAUAUAUCAGAGCAGAGUAGACAAGUCUUGGAAAUGUACACAGACUUGUUUUUCAUUGUUCCGGCAGUAUCUACCCUUAUGUCGCAUGCCCAGUCGAAGUCUAGGAACACACGUUAUCAGUAUGUUUUUACAGAGAGAAGUCCUCGACCUUUAGGUCCACCUCGUCCUUCAUGGUACCGGGGUGCAGGGCACGUAUCAGAGCUGUUGUUUCUUUUCGGAAUUGAGGACCUCUACCUUUUCAAUAUAACAGUGCCACCGAAGGAUUUUGUAUUAGCAGAUAAGAUGAAGGCCUAUUGGUCCAACUUUGCAAAAACUGGAAACCCAAACAUGGAUGGACUGCCUCAGUGGCCUCAAUAUGACGUGCGAGAACAACAGUACCUAACCUUAAACGCUGAGAAUAUAUGGUCAAACAGUUCAUAUGAUUCUAGGAGAACUUCAUUCUGGAUAGAUUAUAUUCCCUCACUUCUUAAAAAACAUAGUUAAAUUCUAAACAAAAAAGA